AUGCAGCGAGCCGUGGCUCAAGGAGUUUCGCGAUUCGGCGUGGUCGCCACGGGUGUCGCUGUUGCUGGAGGGGGUUUAAUCUAUGCAUUGGAGAAUUCGGUUUACGCUAGCGAAGAAGCAGUGCAUCCAUAUAAAUUACCAUGGUCGCAUCGAGGGGCCAUCGAAUCAUUUGAUAUAGCCUCGGUUCGGCGAGGAUACGAGGUUUACAAGCAAGUCUGCGCAGCAUGCCAUUCUAUGAAGUACAUUCACUAUAGACACUUUGUCAAUACUAUCAUGACUGAGGAGGAAGCAAAGGCGGAAGCUGCCGAAGCACUCAUCAAUGAUAUUGAUGACAAAGGACGUCCAAUUCAGCGGCCUGGUAUUCUUACAGAUGCACUGCCUAGCCCGUAUCCGAAUGUGAAAGCAGCGGCUGCGGCUAAUAAUGGUGCUGCUCCACCGGAUCUCUCAUUAAUGUCUCUUGCUAGACACGGAGGGGAUGAUUACAUCUUUGCGCUAUUAACAGGAUACUUCGAUGCGCCCGCAGGUGUUAAGGUCGAUGAAGGAAAGGCGUACAAUCCUUACUUCCCAGGUGGAGUAAUUUCUAUGCCUCAACAGCUUUACGAUGAGGGAAUUGAAUACAAGGAUGGUACGCCGGCAACCCAAUCGCAACAAGCCAAAGACGUAGCGACAUUCAUGCAUUGGACCGCGGAGCCGUUCCACGAUACGAGAAAGAGAUGGGGAUUGAAGCUUGCGGCACUGCUUCCGUUCAUCACUGUGAUCUUGAUCUACGGUAAACGAUACGUAUGGACGUUUACGAAGUCACAGAAAUUCUUGUGGAAGUCUGUGAAAGGACGAGAGCCACCAAAGAGCCAAUGA